CGCAUAUCGAGGACACAGGGGCGCGCCGCGGUUUCAACACAAGAUGGCUCCUCGCGCUGCUUCUCCGGCUAUGUCGGAGAACGAAUUCGACAUCACCAAUGCGCUUUUCCAGCAUGAUAGCGAUUCCGAGAUCGAGCAAGUUCCGAACAAGAAGGCCAAGCGCCAACAACCGCAGGCGGCCGCGCCGCAGCAACUAGACUUCCUAGGAGGAGCGGACGGCGGCGACGACGACGAGGAUGACGAGGCGUUCAUUGCAGAGACACAGGCGUCGGCCAACCGAAAAGCGUCGAACCUCAAGGGUCGGACGGUCAAGAAGGGCGGUGGUUUCCAGGCGAUGGGUCUGAAUGCGAAUCUGUUGAAAGCGAUCACCCGCAAGGGUUUCUCAGUCCCCACCCCCAUCCAGCGCAAGACGAUCCCCGUCAUCAUGGACGAUCAGGACGUGGUGGGCAUGGCCCGUACCGGUUCAGGAAAGACCGCCGCCUUCGUGAUCCCCAUGAUCGAGAAAUUGAAGAGCCACAGCACCAAGGUCGGAUCUCGUGCGCUGAUCCUGUCCCCGUCGCGUGAGUUGGCUUUGCAGACGUUGAAGGUCGUCAAGGAGCUUGGCAAGGGUACCGAUCUGAAGUCCGUGUUGCUGGUCGGUGGUGAUAGUCUUGAGGAGCAGUUCUCCAUGAUGGCUGGGAACCCGGAUAUUGUCAUCGCGACGCCCGGUCGUUUCCUGCACUUGAAGGUGGAGAUGAACUUGGAUAUGUCGAGUAUCCGCUACGUGGUCUUCGAUGAGGCCGAUCGACUCUUCGAGAUGGGUUUCGCCGCGCAGUUGACCGAGAUUCUGCACGGCCUGCCGCAGAGUCGCCAGACCCUGCUCUUCUCGGCCACCCUCCCCAAGUCGCUGGUCGAAUUCGCCCGGGCCGGUCUGCAGGACCCCACUCUUAUUCGUCUGGAUACUGAAAGCAAGAUCUCCCCCGAUCUUCAGAAUGCGUUCUUUUCCGUCAAAUCGGCCGAUAAGGAGGGUGCGUUGCUCUACAUUCUUCACGAUGUCAUCAAGAUGCCCACGGGUCCGACCGAGGCUUCCCAGCGUCUCAAGGAGGAUGAGAAGAGAAGUUUCAAGGAUAGGAAGCGCAAGCGAUCGGCAAUGGAUAAAGCUAUUAACACGAAGGAGUCUCCUACAAAACACUCAACUAUCGUCUUCGCAGCCACGAAACACCACGUCGAUUACCUGUACUCACUUUUGUGUGAAGCUGGUUUCGCGACUUCCUACGUCUACGGUUCUCUCGACCAGACUGCCCGUAAGAUUCAAGUCCAGAACUUCAGAUCCGGUAUCUCGAACAUCCUCGUCGUCACGGACGUUGCGGCCAGAGGUAUCGAUAUUCCCAUUCUCGCCAACGUCAUCAACUACGAUUUUCCCUCUCAGGCAAAGAUCUUCGUCCACCGUGUCGGUCGUACUGCUCGUGCUGGUCGGACGGGUUGGAGUUACAGUCUUGUUCGUGAUCAGGAUGCACCAUACCUGCUGGACUUGCAACUUUUCCUCGGCAGGAGGCUGGUGCUGGGACGUGAAUAUGGCGAUCAGGUCAACUACGCCGAAGACGUGGUCGUCGGAAGCAUUCCUCGAGAUGGUCUGUCCCAGAAUUGCGAAUGGGUAUCCAAGGUCGUUGAAGAUUCCACCGAUAUUUCCAACCAGCGUGCAGUCGCCGCCAAGGGUGAGAAGCUGUACAUGCGCACGCGUAACGCAGCCGCCCUCGAGAGCGCUAAGCGAGCAAAGCAAGUUGUUGCUUCCGAAAACUGGGUCGCCAUUCACCCUUUGUUCAACGACGAAACGUCUCAGAUGGAAGCCGAGCGCGAGAAGAUGCUGGCCCGCAUUGGUGGCUACCGGCCCUCGGAAACCAUUUUCGAAGUGAACAAUCGCCGCAGCGGCAAGCCUGAGAACGAGGAAGCUCUCAGCACAAUCAAACGGGUGCGCACGACGCUCGACUCGAAGAAGAAGCGCAAGGCGCAAGCCGAAGAACAGUCCGAGUUCGUCGAGGAUGCUGUCUCCGGAGCCAAGGGCGACAAGGACGAGGAGGAAGCCGGCGCCGAUGCUGCUCAGAGUGCCUUUGACGAUGACGACGAUGACGAAGGCCAUGGCGUCCCCGACAACAUGUCCAUGGCCUCGGAAUCGGACUUCGAGGUCACAUUUUCGGCCUACGGAAAUGGCAAGAAGGACAAGAAGGAGAGCGCGGCUUCCUUCCAGAACCCCGACUACUUCAUGUCUUACACGCCCACAAACAUCAACCUGGCGGAGGAUCGCGCCUACGGUGUGCACUCGGGCACGAACGCUAACUUCGCGCAGGCGUCGCGCGAUGCCGCCAUGGAUCUUCUGGGUGACGAGGGCAGCCGCGGGUUCGGAGAGCCUCGCACCAUGAUGCGGUGGGACAAGCGCCACAAGAAGUACGUGGCCCGCCAGAACGACGAGGACGGAUCCAAGGGCACCCGCCUGGUGCGCGGCGAGAGUGGCGCCAAGAUCGCCGCCAGUUUCCGGAGCGGCCGCUUCGACGCCUGGAAGAAGGGCAAGCGGCUGGGUCGUCUGCCGCGUGUGGGUGAGGCCGAGACCCCCGGUCUCUCGGCGGAUCUGGAUGCGGCCCGCCGCGGCCAGCGGUUCCGUCAUCGCCAGGAGCGGGCGCCCAAGCGCGCUGAUCCUCUGCGUGGUGACUAUGAGAAGAUGAAGAAGAAGAACGAUGCGGCCAAGGAGCGCCAAUUCUCCAAGUUCGGUGGUGCAGCGGCUGGUGGUAAGAGCGAGCUGAAGGGCACGGAUGAUAUCCGGAUCGCGCGGAAGUUGAAGCAGAAGAGGAUGGAGAAGAAUGCUCGGCCUUCCAGGAAGAGGUAGAGCAUUUCCUGUCGGUUGCUAUUCUUUCUUUCCGCUUCGUUUCUUCUUUGUAUAUACCACUUGUUUGGGACGGUCAUCAAAAAUCUGCUUUGUACUUCUGUGUAGAUACCUCAAUGCUGGGUUGCGAGAAUUCUUAUGGGAAUCAAAUCAA